AUGUCGCCAAAGGAUGAAACUGAACAGGAGUAUAUGUCAAGGGAACUACACCAUCCAUGGGUUAAGAGGUUGUUGGUUGGGUUUGCACACACAUCGGAAUAUAAUGGUCCUAGGAAGCCAGGUGUCACACACCAUUUAAUACAAGAGAUAGACUCUGAAUUACCUGUCUCACAACCUGCUCUUCAGCUUACAUACAAAAUAUUCGGGUCAUGUCCACCCGUGCAACCAUUUGACCCUGCAAAGAUGCUAACAGACUCAGGGAAGCUUCAAACACUUGACGUAUUAUUAAAGCGCUUGCGGGCAGGGAAUCACCGUGUUCUUCUCUUUGCACAAAUGACAAAAAUGUUGGAUAUUAUAGAGGACUACGUGCACUACAGGAAAUAUAAGUACUUGAGGCUUGAUGGAUCUUCCACUAUAAUGGAUAGACGAGACAUGGUCAAAGAUUUCCAGCAUCGGAGCGACAUUUUUGUGUUCUUGCUGAGUACAAGAGUUGGGGCCUUGGUAUCAACUUGACAGCUGCUGACACUGUCAUCUUCUAUGAGAGUGACUGGAAUCCAACUUUAGAUUUACAGGCAAUGGAUAGAGCUCAUAGGCUGGGUCAAACUAAGGAGAUCUUACAAACGGUGAAUCUGUUGGGAAUGGGGAUGACACUCUUGAUCCCUGGAAAGCAAAAUCAAGUAGUAAAAAGGUGAUUACUUCUCAGAUGCAAAUAUUGUUUCUGAUAUUGACCUUUUCACGGACUUAGGUUGUCUAGUUACUCUUUCCUGCAUUUCACAGUUUUGACUCCCUAAAGUUACCUCCCGGUUUAUAGUUGCUGCAUAUAAUGGCUAAGUUAUACUAGUACACUCAUUUCAAAAUAAUUGCCUUAGCUUCUUCUUGUUGCACAAUGAACAAGCUCGACUGCAUAGUAAAAUUUUCAAUUUGAC